AUGGGACAAAAAGAAUCUAUUCACCAUCAUAUAUUGUUGUACGGACAAUCUGGCCACGGAAAAACUAAUUUUCUCUAUGACAAUUUUUUAAAUGGAAAGUGGGAAGAAGAAUAAAAAAAGGUUGAAUCGUCAUUAGGAUAUAAUUUCGAAUUAAUAACUACACUUUAAGAUUAAAAUUAUGGUGUAUGGGAUAUAUCAGGUCAUCCUGAAUUUAUAGACAUGCAGGAUCUAUUUCUGAAAACGAUUCCAUUUACGGGGAUUAUGUAUAUAAUUAGACCUAAAUAUCAUUUAGGAAGCCUUGUUGAAGAUAAAUUAAAAGAAAUAGGAUAAGCAAGGCAAUAAAUAUUUUACUUAACUAAUCAUAAAAACUUUACAAAUAAAUUUAUUCUUAUUGUAUUAAAUAUUGAAGAAGAGUAACUGACAGCAAGCGGUGAUGGGGAUGUAUCUGCUGAAACAUUAGAACUAUUAAUUGAUGAGAUAAAAGAAUUAAUUAAAUAUGAUUAAAUUUAAGUACAAUAAAAAGGUAUCAUUAUUAUGGAUAGAGGCUUUUCUUAUACUAAAUUAUGGGAAAAGGUUGGCUCUCUAAUAUAAGGAGUUAAAGCUAUAGAAAAAAAGAAAGAUCAAUAAAAAGAUUGA